GCCCAGGCUGGAGCAGGGGUCAGCAAGGUAAGUAUCAUUGGUAUCAGUGGGAGGAAUAGUGCCCCAUCAUUGGUGUCGGGAGUAAACAAUGCCACACCAUUGGUAUUAGGGGGAGUAAUAGCACCCCUUCAUUGGUAUCAAUGGAAGGAAUCAGUGUCCCAUCAUUGGUGUCAGUGGGAGGGAUAGUGUCCCAUUGUUGGUGUCAGUGGGAGGAAUAGUGCCCCAUCAUUGAGGUCAGUAGGAGCAAUAGUGCCCCAUCAUUGGUAUCAAUGAGAGGAAUAGUGCCCCAAUGUUGGUGUCAGUGGGAGGAAUAGUGUCCCAUGAUUGGUGUCAAUGGGAGGAAUAGUGACUCCAUCAUUGGUGUCAGUGGGAGAAAUAGUGUCCCAUCAUUGGUGUCAGUGGGAGGAAUAG